CCGUGUCACGCGAUGACGUCACUUCCUGUGAGUGCGGCUAGCGGCUAACAGUUAGCCUCGUCUCCUCGGAGGUUGCCUGCGGAGCGGCACGAAGCCAACCCGAGCCCGACCCGCUCCUCUGGGACUCCCACUCCUCCACGCAGCCUCCUGCCCCCACUGCUGCCCUGUCUGACCCGGUUCCGACCCGCUCUUCUCCGGCUUCUCGGCUCCGGUAGUCACGGCGGAAAACAUGUCUGCGGUCCAGCGGAUGAAGGUGGCCAACGAGCGGCACAGCAAGACGAUCACCCAGCGGGGACACGUCCAGAAGACAUCGCGGCCAGUCAACGAGGACAAGUCCCCGGUGGGCCCCUGGCUGCUGGCCCUCUUCGUCUUCGUGGUUUGUGGAUCAGCCAUCUUCCAGAUCAUCCAGAGCAUCCGCCACGGCAUGUGAUGACCUCUGACCCCCAGCCAGCCUGCCUUCAUCUCAACACACCGAGGUCCUUCUGACUCUGUGGGGACUCCAGCUCGCAUCUGCAGCUCUGUCCCUCUGAUGAGGACGGGAAGGACCGCAAAGACACGUCCCCGUAAUGCAGACUGUCCUCACAAUGAAGACUGUCCUCACAGCAAAACCAUGUCCCUGUAGUGAAGACACAUCCUCGUAGUGAAGACAAUUCCUCACAGUGAAGACAUGUCCUCACAGUGAAGUCACGUCCUCACAGUGAAGUCACGUCCUCGUAGUGAAGACAAUUCCUCACAGGGAAGACAUGUCCUCACAGUGAAGUCACGUCCUCACAGUGAAGUCACGUCCUCACAGUGAAGACAAUUCCUCGCAGUGAAGUCACGUCCUCGCAAUGAAGUCACGUCCUCGCAGUGAAGUCACGUCCUCGUAGUGAAGACAAUUCCUCACAGUGAAGACAAGUCCUCACAGUGAAGACAAUUCCUCACAGGGAAGACAAGUCUUCACAGUGAAGUCACGUCCUCGCAGUGAAGUCACGUCCUCGCAGUGAAGUCACGUCCUCGCAGUGAAGACAAGUCCUCGCAGUGAAGUCACGUCCUCGCAGUGAAGACAAGUCCUCGCAGUGAAGUCACGUCCUCGCAAUGAAGUCACGUCCUCGUAGUGAAGACAAUUCCUCACAGUGAAGACAAGUCCUCACAGUGAAGACAAUUCCUCACAGUGAAGACAAUUCCUCACAGUGAAGACAAUUCCUCACAGGGAAGACAAGUCUUCACAGUGAAGUCACGUCCUCGCAGUGAAGUCACGUCCUCGCAGUGAAGACAAGUCCUCGCAGUGAAGACAAUUCCUCACAGUGAAGACAAGUCUUCACAGUGAAGACAAGUCCUCACAGUGAAGACAUGUCCUCACAGUGAAGACAAGUCUUCACAGUGAAGACAAUUCCUCACAGUGAAGUCACGUCCUCACAGUGAAGACACGUCCUCACAGUGAAGACACGUCCUCGUAGUGAAGACACGUCCUCGUAGUGAAGACAAGUCCUCGCAGUGAAGUCACGUCCUUGCAGUGAAGACAAGUCCUCGCAGUGAAGUCACGUCCUCACAGUGAAGACACGUCCUCGUAGUGAAGACACGUCCUCGCAGUAAAGACACGUCCUCGCAGUAAAGACAUGUCCUCGUAGUGAAGACGAGUCCUCGCAGUGAAGACGAGUCCUCGCAGUGAAGACGAGUCCUCGCAGUGAAGACAAGUCCUCGCAGUGAAGACAAGUCCUCGCAUUGAAGACAAGUCUUCACAGUGAAGUCACAUCCUCACAGUGAAGACAUGUCCUCACAGUGAAGUCACGUCCUCACAGUGAAGACAAUUCCUCACAGGGAAGACAAGUCUUCACAGUGAAGUCACGUCCUCGCAGUGAAGUCACGUCCUCGCAGUGAAGUCACGUCCUCGCAGUGAAGACAAGUCCUCGCAGUGAAGUCACGUCCUCGCAGUGAAGACAAGUCCUCGCAGUGAAGUCACGUCCUCGCAGUGAAGUCACGUCCUCGCAAUGAAGUCACGUCCUCGUAGUGAAGACAAUUCCUCACAGUGAAGACAAGUCCUCACAGUGAAGACAAUUCCUCACAGGGAAGACAAGUCUUCACAGUGAAGUCACGUCCUCGCAGUGAAGUCACGUCCUCGCAGUGAAGACAAGUCCUCGCAGUGAAGACAAGUCCUCGCAGUGAAGACAAUUCCUCACAGUGAAGACAAGUCUUCACAGUGAAGACAAGUCCUCACAGUGAAGUCAAGUCCUCACAGUGAAGACAUGUCCUCACAGUGAAGACAAGUCUUCACAGUGAAGACAAUUCCUCACAGUGAAGUCACGUCCUCACAGUGAAGACACGUCCUCGUAGUGAAGACAUGUCCUCGUAGUGAAGACAAGUCCUCGCAGUGAAGUCACGUCCUUGCAGUGAAGACAAGUCCUCGCAGUGAAGUCACGUCCUCACAGUGAAGACACGUCCUCGCAGUGAAGACACGUCCUCGCAGUAAAGACAUGUCCUCGUAGUGAAGACGAGUCCUCGCAGUGAAGACGAGUCCUCGCAGUGAAGACGAGUCCUCGCAGUGAAGACAAGUCCUCGCAGUGAAGACAAGUCCUCGCAUUGAAGACAAGUCUUCACAGUGAAGUCACAUCCUCACAGUGAAGACAUGUCCUCACAGUGAAGACAGUUCCUCACAGUGAAGUCACGUCCUCAUAGUAAAGUCAUGUCCUCCCAGUGAAGACACGUCCCCAUAGUGCAGACGGUCCUCACUUUGGUGGUUAACCACCCGGUCCCCACAGAGGCAGAAAGACCAGAACACAAAGUUGUUCCUGUGGCGUUAAACUCUGGUUUUCUUCCUCCUUUAACUAAAAUAAUUUUUAUUUUGGUUUUAUUGUUUUUAUUGUUUUCUGUGGAUGAAGCAAAUUCUGUUUUCUCCCUCCUUUAACUAAAAGACUUUUUUUUUUUGGUUUUAUUGUCUUUAUUAUUUUCGGUGGAUGAAGCAAACUCUGUUUUCUCCCUCCUUUAACUAAAAGACUUUUUAUUUUUAUUUUAUUGUUUUUAUUGUUUUCUGUGGAUGAAGCAAACUCUGUUUUCUCCCUCCUUUAACUAAAAUACUUUUUUUUUAUUUUUUUGUUUUAUUGUCUUUAUUAUUUUCUGUGGAUGAAGCCGGUUGCUGGUCUGGGUCGCUGAUUGAUUUUCAGAUGAAGUCUUAAACCGUUUUCCUUCCAGUCGUCCAGCUGCUUGCUGUUGUCUCUGCUGCUGAUUUAAAGGGAGAUUCUGCUCUUAAAUCCUGGAAAGCUUGGUUUGGUCCCUCAGACUUCAUCACUGGUUGUGGUAAUUAUUUAAAGAUAUUUAUAACGAGUCUGCCGUGGAACCCUUCCUGAAAGCCAUAAAGCUCACAGUCGUCCUGAAGUAGUUCACCACUCUCUGUAAAGCUGUGAAAGUUGACCCGCUGUGUGUAUUUCAGAAUAAAAGCCUAUAGAGUGAGCUUAAAAGGUUACAGGAGCUGUUUAAACGAGGCGGCGGUCUCCAGGGUUUCCCUUUCCUCCCUUAAAGACGGCAGCUCCACCUGAGCUCCACUGUCUGGAUUUCUCUGUAAAGUACCUGAAACAAGCUGAGGAACCAUCUGCUCUGCUCGCGUUCCCCCCGCUGGACCACUUUCUCCACUUUUAUACAAAAUAAAACUUCUGAUAUUUUCUCUACUCGC